AUGAGGACAAGUUCGGAGCAAGAUUUUCAUGUCUUGUUAAGUCUUGUGGAUUUGAAAGCGCAUCCUACACCAUCAUCUUCUAAAACAGAUGCUGCAACCAUAGAUCAACCAUCACCACUCACACGAUAUUAUGUUGAAGAUGAAGUGGAUGAUUCACAAUAUUUGAUGAAAUUAUUGCAACAACGAAUGAGAAAUCACAAUCGGAGAAACAAUCCUUUUUCAAUGAAUCCUAAAGAUGUGUUUGUAUUUAGUCCAAACUUGAUAAAGGAUAUUAGUAAGAUCAUACACAUGAAAGAAUCUUAUGCUCCAGAUUUAUUUGACGUCAAGAUAUCAUACAAUUCGAAAUGCAUUUUAUUAAGCGAUUUCAACAAUUCAUGUAUUGAGGUAUUUGAUCUUGAAACGAAACAAUACAAAUUUAGGAUUAGCCCAUUACCAAACAGAUAUACUCGAUUUAUGUGUAUCGAGGAGAACUAUGAUGGGCAAAAUAAUGAUGCAUUACUAUUGUGUUGCUCGACUUCUGUGUUCAAAUAUGACUUGAAGCAAUUUUUAUCAAAACAGGAUGAUUCACCGCUCUGUGACCCUAUUUGGAUCAAUGAAGAUUGCUUAUGGGCUCAGGGAAUUGUAAUCUCUUAUUCAAGGAAACAAGUUUUUAUUUGCGAUGCAGAUUCUAACAAAGAUGAGAUUGUUGUUUUAAAGUUGCAGACAGGCCAAUUGAUCCAAAAAUUUAAGGCUGAAAAGCCGUUCGGUAUUGCUUUUUCACCUAUGGAAGACCAUUUAAUUGUCAGUAGUGCUGGUUCAAAGACACCACUAACCAUAUUCCAAGAAAGUGGAAAAACCAAUGACAUUUCUGACUGGACAAUAUUUAAAACCAUUGCAGAAACUGCAGAACGCGAGCUUACAUACAAUUUUGUUCCACUUACUGUGGAUCGUAAUGCAGAACGAUCAUCUUGUGCGACGGUGACGAAAAGCUUCUCAAAAUAUUCUCUUUGGAUACUUUGA